AUGACUACCGUUCAAUCCUCAAACGUGCACUCUGCUUCGGCUGCGCGUUUUCAAAUUUGCUCUGGUUCUUCUCCCUACACGAAUCGAGUCCGACCCUCUUACGAAUUAAUUGAAGCUCCUACUCGACAAGCUACGUCUGCCGUUCAGUCUGCUGUACCUAAUGUACACUCUAAUUUUGAUGCUAAUUCCAUGACUUCUGAACGACCUGCCCUCCCUUUAAAGCACGCUAGUAAUAAUCCUUUUCCCGCAUCUCCGGCCUUGGGUACUCGGGCUUCGACUCCAGCUUCUCGCCAUUCAAAACAGGAGCAAUCAGACACUCCGAGUGCUUCGACGAAUCUUUCUCGCCAUCGUUCGACAAAUCUCACAAAGUCCGUUCUACAAAACGCCAACACGCAUUCAUUGCCGGCUCCUGUCACCCCUCCGUGUUAUUCUAAUACCCCUCCCCCCAGCACUAGCUCUUCUAAAGAAACUGGUUUACCGAAAGAUCAUUGGAAACCGGAUUCUGAAGCAAUUAUCUGUGCGUUUCCUUCUUGUAGUGCUCGUUUCGGUCUCUUUGAAAGAAGGCAUCAUUGUCGUUGUUGUGGUGAUGUGUUUUGCUCUGCUCAUUGUAAUCGCUCAAUUCCAUUAACAUUUGACGUUCGUUUCUCUUUAUCUGCUUUGAAGCUUUUUAGAGCUUGUGUAUCUUGUUUCUACGAUUACCUGAAAUGGAGACAAUCUAUUGAGUUGGGUUCUCCUUCGAACGUCAUUGUAGGAACUGAACCCCAUGCUGAAUCUGUCCUUGAAAACAAACAAAUCUCUAAUUCCGUCCCUAUUCCUAAAGUCGACGCUGGAAAAGCUGAGCUUCCUUCAGAGAGCUUGGUAUUAGGGACCGUUCCCGAUAAUUGGGUUUGGAGUACCUUUUAA